GCUGUGCCAGAGAUCAUGAUGCCAAUAUGGUUCACCUUCAACCUGGAUAUAGUUACCACAUAUAUACAGGAUCAACACGAGGAUUGUCUUUAUCUAAACAUCUAUGUUCCAACAGAGGAUGUCAAAAGAAUAUCCAAGGAAUGUGCCAGGAAACCCAACAAGAAAAUGUGUAGAAAAGGAGGGGCCCAUGCAAAAAAACAGGGCGAGGAUUUAUCGGAUAACGACGGUGAUGAAGAUGAAGACAUACGAGACACUGGUGCCAAGCCCGUGAUGGUCUACAUCCACGGAGGAUCCUACAUGGAGGGGACGGGCAACAUGAUCGAUGGGAGCGUCCUGGCCAGCUACGGAAAUGUCAUCGUUAUCACUCUCAACUACCGCGUCGGAGUCCUCGGUUUCCUCAGUACCGGUGACCAGGCUGCUAAAGGGAACUACGGGCUCCUGGACCAGAUCCAGGCUUUAAGGUGGAUCAGCGAGAACAUCGGCUUCUUCGGCGGAGACUCCAACCGCAUCACUGUGUUUGGUUCUGGGAUCGGAGCUUCCUGCGUCAGCCUGCUCACCCUCUCCCACCACUCUGAAGGUCUGUUCCACAGAGCCAUCAUUCAGAGCGGGUCAGCCCUCUCCAGCUGGGCGGUGAACUACCAGCCGGUCAAGUACACGCGUCUCCUGGCAGAGAAGGUGGGUUGUAAUGUCCUGGACACUUUAGACAUGGUGGACUGUCUGAGGAAGAAGAGCUCCAGAGAGCUGGUGGAGCAGGACAUACAACCAGCGAGGUACCACGUGGCCUUUGGACCCGUAAUCGACGGCGAUGUUAUCCCUGAUGACCCAGAGAUCCUGAUGGAGCAAGGUGAGUUCCUCAACUAUGACAUCAUGCUGGGGGUCAACCAGGGCGAAGGACUGCGGUUUGUGGAGAACGUGGUGGACUCAGAGGACGGCGUGUCUGGGAAUGACUUUGACUUCUCCGUCUCAGACUUUGUGGACAGUCUGUACGGGUAUCCGGAGGGCAAGGACACGCUGAGGGAGACCAUUAAGUUCAUGUACACAGACUGGGCAGACAGAGACAAUCCGGAGACCAGGCGCAAGACGCUGGUGGCUCUGUUCACCGAUCACCAGUGGGUAGAGCCGUCGGUGGUGACGGCUGAUCUCCACGCUCGCUACGGCUCACCCACUUACUUCUACGCCUUCUACCACCACUGCCAGAGCCUGAUGAAGCCUGCCUGGUCAGACGCCGCCCACGGGGACGAGGUUCCCUAUGUUUUUGGAAUUCCUAUGAUUGGUCCCACUGACCUUUUCCCCUGUAACUUUUCAAAGAACGAUGUCAUGCUGAGUGCAGUGGUGAUGACCUACUGGACCAACUUUGCCAAGACGGGGGAUCCCAACAAACCGGUUCCCCAAGAUACCAAGUUCAUCCACACCAAGGCCAACCGCUUUGAAGAGGUGGCCUGGUCCAAGUACAACCCCCAGGACCAGCUGUACCUGCAUAUCGGCCUGAAGCCACGUGUGCGUGACCACUACCGCGCCACCAAAGUGGCCUUCUGGAAACACCUAGUGCCCCACCUGUACAACCUCCACGACAUGUUCCACUACACCUCCACCACCACCAAAGUGCCCCCGCCAGAGACCACGCAGAACACCCUGUCCACCAAGAGGCCCAAUGGGAAAACUUCUUGGCCGUUCAACACCAAGCGGCCUCCCAUGUCCCCAGCUUACAACAGCGAGGACAAAGACUCUUGGAGUGACGAUGAGGAGACAGGGCCACUGGUGGUGGAGAACCCGCGGGAUUAUUCCACAGAGCUCAGCGUCACCAUCGCUGUUGGAGCCUCGUUGCUGUUCCUCAAUGUGCUGGCUUUCGCAGCCCUCUACUACCGCAAGGACAAGAGGCGGCAGGACUCCGGCCAUGGGCAACCCAGCCCACAGCGCCAGACCACCUCCAACGACAUUGGCCACCAUGCGCCUGAGGAGGAGAUCAUGUCGCUGCAGAUGAACCAGACGCACCAUGAGUGUGAGGCAGGGAACAGCAACGAGGGGGCACUUCGCUUGGCCUCGCUGCCCGACUACACGCUCACUCUGAGGCGCUCUCCGGACGACAUCCCCCUCAUGACCCCCAACACCAUCACCAUGAUUCCCAAUUCCCUGGUGGGCAUGCCCAACCUGCACCCUUACAACACCUUCACAACCGGCUUCAACUCCACCGGCCUGCCGCACUCCCACUCAACCACCCGCGUAUAG